AUGGUUGUAGACUGGCCAGCAAACUGUGGCAGAGGGUAUUUUCAGCCAAGCACUGCGGGGAGAAUUAUAUCAGGCACUGAAACAAAGCCACACUCCUGGCCUUGGCAAGUCUCAUUACAGAUACGCACAGCCUUUACAAUUUUUCAUAAGAGAUUUGUUCACGUCUGUGGCAGGACUCUUAUUCACAAAUGCUGGGUUCUUACUGCAGCCCAUUGCUUUCAGAAGGUUAAGAUGGAAGGUGUAUCCAACUGACAAAUCCUCCUAGGAAAGCAUAACCUUAGCCACAAUGAAUCUGCACAGAGAGUGUACUGCGUGAAGGAAAUCCACCAGCAUGAGUGGUUCCACGAAAACGACUCCAACCAUCUGGAUUAUGAUACUGCCUUGGUCAAGCCUAUGGAAGACAUAACAGCAAACCGCUUUGUCCACUAUGCCUGCCUGUCCCAGAGAGGCUGCUCACUUCACCCAGGACAGUCCUGCUGGGUAACCGGAUGGGGGGAACACAACAG